AUGUAUCAAGCUCCAGAUUAAUUAUCAGCAGUUGAUGUUUUACAUUUCGAGCUGCCCAUCGUCAUAGCGUUUGCACUGACUUUUAUCACGAAACUUUACUUUAGUCUUUUAUUCGAUGUGCUUACUUUGCUGUUGCUAGUAAGGAAUACACGAUUAGGGAAUUGACGAAGUGAACGGAACAUCCAUCCCUUUAAAUCAAGAUGGGUCUGCUAGUUUUCGCUUUUCUUAACAUCACUUGUGGGACUUGCUGCAUCACAGAGUUUGGUAUUGGUUGGCGGUGGUUUAACUGACGGGAAUGCUGACGUCUGGAACAAAGUGAUUGAACUAGCGGGAGGGCCAGGCGUGGCAAGGAUAGGCGUUUUCACUACGGCCUCUUCGGAUCCUAUAGGGGCAGCAGCGUAUUAUGUUGAUAUGUUCGUAAAUACCUACGGAGCAGCCAGCGCAACGUACAUUCCAGUAACAGAGAACAGUAACAAUGCCGACGACCAAUCCGUAGUCGAACUGGUAAGACAACAGACUGGGUUUUUCUUCGGUGGAGGCGAUCAACUGAGGAUUCUAACGGCCCUUCGACCCGACGGCAGAGAUACGCUUGUCCUUGCGGCACUGAAAGACAUGUUAAAAUCUGGCGCAGUGGUAGGAGGAACAAGUGCUGGAACGGCUUGUCAGAGUGCUGCUGUUAUGAUUACAAGUGGAUCUAGCUGGAAUGCUUUGACCUAUGGUGCUUUCAGUGGUGGACCUAAACCACUCAAUCCAGACUAUCUAACUUAUGAUGAAAAUGGCGGUCUAGGUUUACUAACUGGUUGGGUUACUGAUACCCACUUUAGUGAGCGCGGUCGAGAGGGUCGCCUAAUUCGGUUGCUGCAGGAUACUCGAGAUCGUAACAUUGGGACGACUCGAGGCUUUGGAGUGGAUGAAGACAUGGCUCUCGUGGUGACGGAUCUUUACACACGACCUGUCGGAACUGUUAUUGGUUCAAGUGGGGGCGUGUUUUUUGCUGACGUUUCAAAAACUAUUGUGGUUCCUUCCCCAAAUACUUUCUACACAGGAGUUUCUGCACACUACCUGACUCAAGAUGAUUGGAUUGAUCUUACAACUGGAAACAUCACAUUUGCUACCUGGAAAUCUGCCUUAAAAGGCAAUGAAUACUAUCUGAACGCUGAGGUAUCAACUGACAUUUUAUCUGCAACGAUGAACCGUCGAUGGGCGGUUGCUGCUGACCAGUUUUUUUAUAACAGAAGAGACGAUUCUAUAGCUCAUUUGUCUUUCGAAAGAAACCCACGAUAUGAAGUCAUUUUUGAUCGUUUGUCGGGGGUCGGAUAUGGAGGAUAUUUUCCUAACAAUGCCAACAAAUUCGCCGUGUCCUACGAAAACCUUCAGGUUGCAAUUCAUGAAAACACAAUUGCAUAAAUUGUAUUGGGUUGUUGCAUUUCCUGAAAAGCAUCAAAAUGGUCUAUAGCGGGAUCGGGUUUAGUUUGUCCCUAAAUACAAUUAAAUGCAAAAAAUUUCUUAUUGUAACAUCUAUAUUGUCACAAUAUUUUGUGCAGGAACGAGGGCUAGUUUCAAAGAAUAGACUUUCAAAAUAAUUAGUUUCGAAAUUUCUACACAACUCUACCAAAAAAAUAAACAGUUUUUCACUUGUC